AGCAACGCUAAGGAGUGGUAAUGUGUUUAUUAUAAUUAUAAAAGAACAAUGUUAUCUAAUUGUAGAAUUAUUGUAAAUAUUGCAAAACCAUUAAGAAACUUGUCUAUUAUAUUUCCUAGACACAAACAUGAUAGAAAUUAUAGUACUGUUAAAGCUGUUGUUUUUAAAGAGUUAGAAAAGCCAUUAGAAAUUUGUGAGAUAAAUUUACCUACAAAAUUAAAAGAAGAUGAAGUCCGUAUUAAAGUUCAUUAUUGUUGUGUGGAUUCAAUUGGUUCUAGAUAUAAGGACCGAGAAGGUGGAAAUUUUAUUCCAGGCUAUGAAAUAGCGGGGGAAGUUAUUGAAAUAGGUGAAAAAGUUCAGCCGGCAACAGCUAUUGUUGGAGAAACCGUUGCAGCUUUAAGCUUGGAAAACUAUGGUGGUUUAGCACAAGAAUGCAUAGUAAACUCAACUGAUGUAUUUCGUUUACCUUCUAACGUUGAACCGCAAAAAGCUGCAGUUUUAAUAUUUGCUCAUUCAACCGCACUUUAUGCAUUUUCAAGAUUUUGUAACCCUCCACCAAACGAAAAAUCUAAAUUUCUUAUAUCAUGCGGAUCCGCAGGAUUUGGUUUAGCUGCUUUAGAUAUUGCAGCCGGUAUUUAUAAAGCAAAGGUUUUAGGAGUGACCAAUUCUGAAGAAAGAGCCGAAAUAAUGCGGAAUCGAGGAGCGUUUGGAGCAUUAAGUAUAAAUGAAAAAAAGUUUAAAGAACAAGUGUUGAAACGCAUGGGAAAUGCAGAAGUUGAUGUUGCUUAUGAUGGCCUUGGUGGUGAAAUUUUGAAGAAAAUGAUGUCUUGUGUAAAAAUGGGCGGUACAAUUUUAAGUGUACGAGAUGAGAAAGAUACAAUUAUUAAACCACCAGUAAAUACAUUUUUUUCUAUUAUAAGUUUACCACGUCUACGAAUACAAAACAAUAAUUUAUAUCGUCAAGUAAUAUUAGAUACAUUGGAAUUAGCCGAUCAAGGUGUGCUAUCACCCUAUAUUAGUUCAACAUACAAAUUAUCAGAAGUAAACGAUGCGAUUGAUUUUAUCAAAGCAAAAAAAUCAAUGGGUAAAACAUUAAUUGAAAUG